UUGAAAAAUCGUCUUUCCAGAUCGCUCAAACAAAACGCUGACGUAAUUCUGCUGUACGACGAUUGUGUUGUUUUUUCAUCAGACUUCGUAAAACUCAUAUAGUCCUAUAAAAUGGCUGGCGUUUCUUCGAUAUAUUCCCUAUCUGGAUGUCUUUCAAGAGUAACACCUUCACUGUGCCGUAAUAUUGCUGGGGUGUCCCAUCAAAAAUGGCUGUGUGCAGCAGCAUCCAUGAAGCAGCAUCAGUCCUCCGCAGAGCCCGGCAGCAGCAGCAGAGCUUCAGAGAAUGACUCUGCUACAGACACAUCAGCAGAACAAGCUCCUGAUCCUCAGGCUGAGCUCAAUAAACAAAUUGAGAUCCUUAGUUCAGAUGUUGCGAAUUAUAAGGACAAGUACCAACGGGCCCUGGCAGAGAGAGAGAAUGUGAGGACGCGACUAGAGAAACAAGUGUCUGAUGCUAAAUUGUAUGGCAUCCAGGGCUUCUGCAAAGACCUUUUAGAAGUAUCAGACGUGUUCCGGAAAGCCUUGGAGAGCGUUCCUGAAGAGGAGCUAAAGUCCAGCACCAACGGGCACCUGAAGACUCUCUACGACGGCCUCAGCAUGACGGAGACACAAAUGUUGACGGUGUUCAAGAGGCAUGGUCUGGUCCGCGUACCGCUGGAGCCCGGGCAGCCGUUCGACCCCUCCUGGCAAGAGGCGAUGUUCGAGGUGGCCAGCGACGGCAGUCACAAGGCCGGCUCAGUCGCGCAUGUUUUAAGACCGGGCUGGAAGCUACAUGACAGAUGCAUUAGAUCAGCACAAGUUGGAGUUAUCAAGGAAUACUGAAAUACUACAGUUAAAUAGUUCUCAAUACUUCUUGUUAUACAAUUUGACAUGUCACAGUAUCCAUGUUCCCUCACCCUGAAAUCACAAUUGUUAAAUUGAAGCAGUCGCCCACUGUUCCAUCAGAGCAAUGCCAGUAGAAGGAAGUGUCGGAUUAUUAUGUACUGCAGCUUUCUGAUGUUCACGUCGACUACCGUUCCUGUGUAGAUCGUUUCAUGGUUGGAGGCAUGAAUGGAUUUAAAACGAUCUAGUAAUUUUGUAUGCUAACUACGCUCUAAUGAUCAUCAAAUUAAUAGUGUAAAAAUACUUGUCAGUCUAUUAUUUUCGCUUUUGGGUAGAAAACAGAGUCGCCAUUUUUUGAUCUUUUUAUAUUUUACAUGAUGUUCACAAGUUUCAAAUUAUCGUAAACGAUAUAAACAAAAUAUCACAACAACUUCUCCGACUCGCUGAAUCGAAUUCGUGAUAGAAUUCCAACUGUACAUACACUUUAGUGCAAGUCUCAUGAAAAAUAAAUCAUCCCUUUACUCCCUAAAUCAAAGGAAGUAAUUAAAUAAUCCUCUGCAUUUUUAUUCUCAUGCACAAUGCUUAUAUUGUAAUUAACUUCUGCGAAAUUUAUGUCUCGUGUCUUACUUACUUACUUCUACGAAACAAAAUGUCUCGUGUCUUACGUAUCAGUAAACGGCACAACGUUUAUUCCAACUCGUUAUUUUGCUCUGUGAUGACACGAGUCUGUCAUUCAUUGAUGUAAACAAGCCAGCGCUUUCAUUUCGCGCCGCCUAUUCCGUGAAGUUCAAUAAGCGCAUCUGGUGCACUGCUAUUAACAAGACAGCGCUUUCAUUUCGCGCCGCCUAUUCCGUAAAGUUCAAUAAGCGCAUCUGGUGAAGGGUCGCGUCCUCUGAACUUUCUGAAGACUUCGGCCGGCGCCUCUCCUCCACCCAGGGACAGGAAUGUCGACCGGAACCUGCAAGAAGAAUAUUGUACAUAACUCGGCAAGAUUAGAUAUCUUGUGUGUAAUAAGAUUCACUCUUCGCAAGUUUCAUCUGACAACGUUCCCGACGUAUAUGAACUUUAUAUAAAAUUCUCCAAUUUACGAUCAUCAUACAAUCGCAUGAAAAUAGUAAUUUUCAACUGUAGUUCAGAGAACACGAUUGAAUAACAAAAAAAAGUAUUUUGUACUAGACAAUAGGCAUUAUUGUUUUUCUUUUUUAGAUGAAUUUUGUAAUGACACAAACUUGUUACAUAUAAAUAGACGUGGCUCAUUGUAAGCGCCAUCGCAUGCGCAUGUGGUGACAUAAGUUAUCAUGAAUGUUUCUCAACGAAUGGUGCAAUUCCAACAAUACUCAUCCGCAUGUUAAAUAUAACCAUUAGAGACCACUUAUACCAGAAUGUUUAAUUCAUUAUAGCGGUUAAUUGAAUACAACUGAUUUGUAAGCAUCUGGAUCAGAGUAUUUUACAGAAAACGGGCUGGC